CCCGGGGUAGCGGCUUCGGUGGCGGCCUGGGCGCCCUGCUGGGCUCAGUGGCGACCCGUGGACGCCCAGUGGGUCCCCCGAACUCCCAGGCCAGACACGCUCAUCGGCUUUCUCUUUAAGGCAACGACUUCGUGUUCAAGGGGAGCGAGGGGAACAGAGACCCCCGGACCCCGCCCUCCGAGGGCACACUGUUGGGGGGCGGCCAAGAGGUGUCGGCACCGGGAGGGGGGAAGGCGGGCCAGACGGGUCGGGCCGGGCCGGCGGAGUCGGGGCCGAGAGGUGGCUGCGCGGGCCCGGGUCGUUUCUGGACCGGGUCUCCCGGGACAGCCCCCGAUUGGCCGCCACCAGCCGGGGAUCGGCCCAGGGACACCAGGCCCCCGGACGGCCCGGCUCCUCCGCUUCGCUCCCUCGGGCGAUGGCUCUGCUGGUCCCUCUCAGACGCCGCCUCCUCCAGGCAGCCCUCCUGACUUCACCCUGGACCAGACGGUGCUCCAGGCUCAGCCCGGGGCCCCGCUCCCUCCGCUCGGCCAUGGCGCCCCCGUCGCCGUGCAGCCCCCCGAGGCCGCUGCUGCUGCUGCUGCUGCUGGGCGCGGCGCUGCUGGGCGCCCAGGCCCGCGCCGAGCCCGCCGGGAGCGCCGUCCCCGCGCAGAGCCGCCCGUGCGUGGACUGCCACGCGUUCGAGUUCAUGCAGCGCGCCCUGCAGGACCUGCGGAAGACGGCCUACAGCCUAGACGCGCGGACAGAGACCCUCCUGCUGCAGGCGGAGCGCCGGGCCCUGUGUGCCUGCUGGCCCGCGGGGCGCUAGGACCGCCAGUCUGCCCUCGUCAAUAAACACCCAACCCAGCUG